AUGUAUGCCAACACCAUCGUCCUCGCUCUCCUUGCCGCCACUGGCACCCUUGCUGCUCCUCACAGUCGCCGCUCCUAUGACAACACCGUCACGGUCAUCCUGUGUGACGGUGGCGAGACCGGUGCUCAGGUCAGUGGCCUGUCGUCGACAGAACGGGCCAUGGGUACUCCAGCCACGAGCGGUCCUUUCACCACGAUCGAGAUCUCCCUCGGAGCGGAUGUCGCAAACAAGGACCUUCGUUGCCAAGCUCUCGACAAUUACGGCAAUGCCAUCGUCGGAGUCCGCGGUGCCAACGUUGAUACCACCUUCUCGGACGCCGACAAGGGUGCCUGGACCUUCAGACAAGCUGCCUAUGUCAGCGAGGUGGUCUGCGACCCUACCUUUGUGAAGAUCGACCCCAACUCGGACGAGCUGAGCCUGCGCGUCAUCUUACAGAGCCUGUCGACCGACACUGGUUCUCAGACCGUCCUCCCCGCAGGUUCCUCCGCGACAUCCACUCCUGCCGGUUCCUUCGGCCCCUACGAGACUGUCGAGCUCUCGGUCGGUUCGCUGGUCGAGAAGCAGGACUACCGCUGCAAGAUCCUGGAUAUGGCGGGCGCACCUCUGAUCGUCCUCCGUGGUGAGAACCGCGACAUCACCUUCUCCGACGCCGACAAGGGUGCUUGGACCUUGGAGACCCCGAGCGAAGUCCACAGCAUUGUCUGCGACCCUAGCUUUGUCGCUCAGAAAUUGUAA